UAUCGCCUUCAUUGAGCCCCAUCAUCUCUGGCCUCAGCCUCCCAUGCUCCCCGCCCUUCUGCCUCCUGCCUCCCGCACCUGGUCCACCCUCUACUCUGAGACCAGGGAGACCUUCCUAAAAGGAUGAAAGCUGACUAUGUUGCUCCCUGGCUUAAAAUCCUCCAAAGGGCAGUCUUGGGGCAGGGAGCUCACUACCUCACGGGGCUUCCUAAAUGUCUCUGAGUUUCAACGUUGUCAUCUGUAAAAUGGGGGAUUGUUUUGCGAUCCCAUGAGCCCGCGGUACGUGGCCGCGGUGAGCUGGCGCUCCGCAGGCGUCAGGACAUCACGUGGCCUCUCCCACAGGCCAGCCCACCCCUGCAGCCCCUCGCUGUCCGCUGUCUGCAGCCGGCAGGCUGAACCCUCCCCUCUGUCUGCCGCGCAUGCGCCGAGCCGCCCCUUGCAUGCCGCCUCCGCGGAGCCCGGCUCGCCGUGCCAGGACCCCUGAGCGCGGGGCUGCCCCCCUUAACCACACCCUCAGCUGCCCAGGUGUGAGUGUCGCAGCGGACCCCAGCGUGGAGGUGAGCGGAGAGUCCUUUCCUUCGAGGAGUCAGAGCUGUACACGUGGGCAGGCUGGCUCCGCUGUUCUGCUCCAAGGAUUACAUGUCCUUCAAACGCCCCUGCCCCUCUCUUCAAGAGAGGGGUCAGUGUGCCCAUUCCACGCACGAGGAAACUGAGGCUCAAGGACAUGAAGAAACUAAUCUAAGUGACACAGCUAGAAAAUGGUGGGGCCAGGGAUACAUUCCAGUAGCUCGAUACAACCGCACCAGCUACUUCUACCCCACAUUCUCAGAGAGCUCGGAGCACAGCCAUCUGCUCGUGUCCCCUGUACUGGUGGCCAGUGCGGUCAUAGGUGUGGUCAUCAUCCUCUCCUGCAUCACCAUCAUAGUGGGCAGCAUCCGCAGGGACAGGCAGGCCCGGCUCCAGCGACACCACCACCGUCACCACCGCCGCCACCACCACCACCAUCGCCGCCGCCGCCACCGCCAUCGAGAGUACGAGCACAGCUACGUGUCUGACGGGCACAUCUACAGCCGCUCAAGCCGCAGGAUGCACUACGCCUGCAGCCCGGCCGAGGACUGGCCCCCACCCUUGGACGUCAGCUCUGAUGGGGACGUGGAUGCCACUGUGCUCCGAGAGCUGUACCCAGAUUCUCCACCGGGGUACGAGGAGUGUGUGGGGCCAGGGGCCACCCAGCUCUACGUCCCCACGGAUUCACCGCCGCCCUACUCGCUGACCGACUCCUGCCCUGCGCUGGACAGCGCCCUCGACGAAGGCAGCGGCCACAGCUCUGGCCGACACCAGCAGGCGCAAAGGGCCCGGGGUCAGAGUGGCCUCCGCACCAUCUCCAUGGACACCCUGCCCCCUUAUGAGGCAGUAUGUGGUACCAGCCCCCCAUCGGGCCUGCUGCCGUUGCCGGGACCAGAACCAGGGCCAAGGAGCCCCCAGGGGUCACUUGCCCCAACUCGGUCCCUGGCCUCGGGCCCAGAGAGGGUUAUGUGAGUGUCCCAACCGGCCAGGUCCUGCCAGCCCCUAGGGGCUGAAUCACAUUCUUCAGGCACACAGGGGCACACACGACAUGUGCACACACAGCACUCCCACACGCACACAUAUAUACACAACUGGUACACACACAGACAUAUACACUGGCAUACCCAUGUGCACACACACACACCCAGACAUGCCCCACACAUGUGCAGCACACACACAGCCCCAUACACCCACACAAACCCAUCUGUGAAGGUUUCAUUAAAAAUGAAGCUCUCCCGACCUCCCGUCUCCUCCCCAGCCUGUCAGUUCUGCCUCUGCAGACAACACUGGGAGAAGAGAGGUGGAGAAGGGACCGGGGCUCGCUUUUCCCUCUCCCCGGGCCUGUUUGCCCCUGCCCUCACCUGGCAGGCUGUGCCCAAACUCUGAUUCUGCCUCCAGAAACUGCUCGACCAUCCCAGGUCAGCUGCCUGCCCCAACCCCUCCCCAGGACCAGCUUGUCCUCCUGCUUUUGGGACAGGGCUCAGUGAGGUUCAGCUGUGCGCUGCACCUAUCUCUCAAUUCCAGGGCAGACGAGCCACAACAUCACCACCCUGCCACUUAUGGGGUGAGGGACACGGGUCUGGGGGCUCAGGCAUGACCUGGAGGCCCUCGCAGCCUACCUUGCCCCUUCCCCCCAACCCAGUGCCCUCAGUCUGGUGGUGCUAGUGGAGUUAUCUCAGAAGCCCCCACCCCAAGCCACAGGUGAUGAACAGGGCUCUUGGUGGGUAUUUGGAGUGGGGGUGGCGGGUUAUAGCUUUCCCCAUGUCACUGCAACCACUGCCCAGGACUGAGGGUCUUCAAAGAUGAGAGCUGUCUGGACACGCUCUGAGGGAGACAAGCGGCCCCUUGCUAAGUAUGUGCCCAGCUGACCAUUAAGGCCUGAGCGUGAAUGGGCUGGAGCCAGACCCCAGAAGCCGGUGUGUCCUCCAGGUGGUGGCUCAUAGUUUGGAAUUGUGAGCCAGUGUGUUGUGGCCCUGCCUUCCUGGGUGUCUGUAGAGACAAAAGAAAGGGGAUGUGAGUCCCAUUAUAGCACCCUGCCACCAGGAGAGGACCAGUGGUUAUAUCUGGGCUUCACCGCCAGGGGCACUACAGAAGGGGAUGGGUGGGGUUGCCUGGUUGUAGAGAGGCUGAGAUCCUGUCCUGGCCCAGGAAUCCCAGCAGUUUCCGUCAGAGGCCAUGCAGGUAACAGAGCUGAUUCCUGAAGACCCAGCCUGCCGGAGGGUGGCGGCGAAGCAUCUUUGAGGAAUGUCCCCGCCAGCAUCUCCAGCAGCAGAGAGCGGAGUCCUCAAGGCCAACUUGCCUCUUUCCCUGGCCCCUCCUUAAAGGACAGCACCACCAUCCAUCCUCUCCUCCACAUUUCAAUUCCUCCAGUGAAGGGCUAAGACAAUUCAGUAAUUCCUUUCCUAAGAAGAGGGGUGGCAAGGAUGGCAAUUGUGAAUUUUAUUUUCUGUAGAAAUAGAAUUUCUUCUGGUGCAGAACUGAAAGGAAUCCACCCAGAGGUUCUGUAGUAUCCUGGAGCCCCUGACUCUACCCAGGGGAGAGACCUUGUUUACAAGCAGUUCUGUCCACCUUUGUGGUGUACUGUUUUCUAGGCAAAAAAUUAUCUGUCUGUUGUACUGUAUAGCCUUUAAAAUGCACUCCAGGGAUGAGAGUCUUUUAAGAAACGCAUCCUGCUUCUGCAACCCUAGUGAGUGCUGGGAAAAAAGAUAAAAAUCCCUACCUGCUCAUCAGUGUUUGAGGGAUGGAGCUGAACAGCUUUUCUUGUUCCUAGAUUAAGCGCUAAAUAAGCAACUAUGUAUCUUUUCUGUGUUCAAAAUAAAUAUAUCAAUAAAAAAUGUUGCAAGAA